GUAGAGCAGCCCCCAGGUGAGCGCACCUGGAGCCGCCAUGGCCGCUCCGGAGCCUGCAGCUGCCAUGAGGAUUUGGGGUCCCCUUCACCUGUGGGCUCACCUGGGGCUGCUCCUGCACCUGUGGCUCUGCGGUGCGCCCCCAGGUGCAGCAAUGCCGCCCUCAGGUGCGACCCCAGGACCCCCAGGUGUGCCCCCAGGUGCGACCGUGACACCCUCAGGUGCGCCCGAGGAGGGCCAGGUGCGCCUGGCCGGGGGCCCGCACAGGUGCGCGGGGCGCGUCGAGGUGUUCCACGCGGGCAGGUGGGGCACGGUGUGCGACGACGCCUGGGAGCUGCCGGACGCGCAGGUGAGCUGCCGCCAGGUGCGCUGCGGCCCCGCCCUGGCGCUGGCGGGCUCAGGUGAGUUCGGGCCAGGUGAGGGCCCCAUCUGGCUGGACGAGGUCACCUGCGCCGGGAACGAGACUCACCUGGCCCAGUGCCACGCCCGGCCCUGGGGACAGCACAACUGCCACCACGGAGAGGACGCGGGGGUCGUGUGCGCAGGUGAGGGGACAGGUGCGGAUCCCGUGCUGCAGCCCCAGGUACAGCCCCAGGUGAACCCCCAGGUGGACCCACAGGUGAAUUCCCAGGUGAGCCCCCAGGCGAACCCUCAGGUGAGCCCCCAGGUGGAUCCCCAGGUGAACCCUCAGGUGGAUCCACAGGUGAACCCCCAGGUGGAUCCUCAGGUGGACACCCAGGCACAGCUGAAGGUGCGGUUGGUGAACGGCUCCUCCAGGUGUGUGGGCAGGGUGGAGGUGCUGCACAAGCACAGGUGGGGCUCGGUCUGCGACGACACCUGGGACAUGGCGGACGCACAGGUGAUCUGCCGUUACCUGGGCUGCGGCACCGCCCUGGCCGCACCUGGCCACGCCCACUUCGGGCAGGGGCAGGACCCGAUCUGGCUGGACGGGACGCACUGCACAGGUGAGGAGCUCACCUUGAGCCAGUGCCACCUGCACACCUGGGGGGAGCACAACUGCGGCCACAGCGAGGACGCCGGCGCCGUCUGCUCAGGUCCCGACCCCCCCCAGGUGCGGCUGCUGGGCGGCCCCGGGCCCUGCGCGGGGCAGGUGCAGGUGAGGCUGAACCGCACCUGGCUGCAGGUGUGCGGCCUCACCUGGGGGCUGCCCGAGGCUCAGGUGCUGUGCCGGCAGCUGGGCUGCGGCCCCGCCCUCAGCGCACCUGUGGGGCCGCACCUGCCCGGGCCGGGGGCGUGGCUGGCCGGGCUCACCUGCCGGGGGAGCGAGGAGCUGCUGCUCGAGUGCCGGGGGCUGCAGGCCGGUACCUGCCCCACAGGUGCGGCCGCCGCCGUGGCCUGCGCCGAGCCGCCAGCCGUUCCCGUCUCCUGCUCGGUGCUGGAGGCUCUGCUGGGGGUGGGGGCGGGGCUCUGCGGGGCCCUGCUGGGUCUUUACCUGUGCGCCAGGUGUGCCCCGCCCCGCCGGGGCUGGCGCCGCACAGGUGAGCCCCUGCUGCCAGAGCAGCCCCCGCGCUCAGCUGAGCUGUAGGAGCCCGGGACACCCCCAAACCACCUCGGAACUACCGUGAAAUACCCCCCAGGACCAGUAAAAACCAGUAAAAACCAGUGAAAAACAAUAAAAACCAGUAAAAAC